UUUCUUUAAUUUCAGGACAACGUUGGGACCCAGUUGUCCUCAUCCUCAGCGCACCGUUGGCUCUGUGCGUGAUUGUGAUUGCCAUCCUCACUUUCUCAAGAAACUGAAGGAUGGGGACUCAGAGGCAUGGAACUGGAAUCCUCUACAACGGAAAGAAGAAGCAGAGAAACAAGAGCCAAUCAGGAUGAUUUCCACUGUGCAGACGAUGAUGAUCUUGUGACUAAACCUUCAUUUGGGUAGGAAGACACCAGUUGUGCAAGAGAAGGGUUGUGUACCACAAUGAUCGAAGGACUGGCUGCUUUGAUUCUUCUUAGUACAAUGUCUCUGCUUCAAACUGCAGAGGUUCCUCAUCAGAUCUCUCUGACUGUGGUUGAACUUGGAGGGAAUGUUACUUUGCAGUGUCCAGUUUCUGAGAAGGAAGGCAAAUUCUUUUACUGGUUCAAACAGCCUCUUGGAUAUAUGGUCCAAACAGUUGCUGCAGGAACUUUUACUCAACAAAAACUCAGCCCACAAUUUAAUAACUCACGUUUCAAAGUCACAGAGGGAAAGGCUCGCUAUCUUCUUACCAUCGCAAAUGUCAGCAAAGAGGACGAAGCGACAUACUUCUGUCAGAAUGGAACGGCGUAUUCACAGAGUUUCAUCAGUGGCAUCUUCUUGGCUGUUAAUGAUCGCAAUCAGCAGAAAUCUCUCUACGUGAAACAAAGUCCGGAGACUGAGUCGGUCCAGCCGGGCGAAAGAGUGACUUUCCAGUGUUCACUUCUCUCCAAGAACAAAGAAACCUCAGAUGAGUGUCCAGAUGAACACAGAGUGUACUGGCUCAGAUCUGGAUCAGGAGAAUCUCAUCCAAGCAUCAUUUACACUGACAGAAAUGAACAAGGGGAGAGAAGUUGUUUCUACAGUCUGUCCAAAACUAUACAGACCUCCUCUGAUACUGGGACUUACUACUGUGCUGUGGUCACAUGUGGAGAGAUCCUGUUUGGUGAAGGAACUAAAGUGGAAACAAGACAACAGUGGGACCCAGUUGUCAUCAUCCUCAGCAUACUGUUGGCUCUCUGUGUGAUUGUGAUCGCAAUCCUUAUUUUCUCAAGAAACUGAAGGUAAGUUUAGUAAUACUACAAAGAUGGAG